CUACGCUGGGCUAUAAAUUACGCUUUUGGGAUGCUAGACUAUCAGUUCGGUUUGGUCCAGCGUUCCCUACAGUCAUAACAUAUCAAAAUGAAUUCCUCAUUCUCCCUAAUGUGCUUUGCAUUGCUCCUGAUUAGCCCUUUGUGCUUCGGCUAUACUGAUGAAGAACGUGAAGCCGAUAGUCUUAAACUGGCUGAAAUUAUCCGAACCUCCCAGGACGACGAUACCAAGAUCAGUAGAACUCAGGACUUACUUGACAUCUAUAGGCGUUUAAAUCCGAUUUUGUCGCCUGAGGAAAGGGAAAAAAUUGAGAACCUCAUUAAGGAGCAUACGGAUGAAAUACUAGUCGAUGGAGUUCCGAGUCAAGGAGGGCGAAAGACCAAAUACGCUGGAAAGGUCCUUUCUCCAGUUGCAAAGGGCUUGGCGACUGGAUUCUUUGAGGAGCUCGGCGCAAGUCUUGCCAAAUUAUUCACUGGUUAAUCUCAACAAUACUAAAGUGGUUGUUUUUUAUAAUUUU